UAGUGCUGGAUUAUCCAAUAUUUGUCUAGCGUUAGGGUUAUGUUAUUUUUGAUUCCGUCGGUGAUUUUGUUGUGUAGCAUUCCGUCGGUGAUUUUGUUGUGUAGCGGUGGACUAUCUGCGAUAUAAUUGGAACUUCAAUCUGCUAAUUAGGUCAAUAAUUUCUAAAUUUUAUAAUAGGAUUUGGUAAACACUGAACUCUAAACCUGAUAAGUCAUCAAAUUACUGAUUCUACCGAAAGAGCUAGCAAAGCUGAUGUCUGGUGAUAGGAAGAGAUGUUACCGAAUUGGCCUCAUUGGUUGUCAAGAUGUGGGAAAGACUACGAUUGCAACUCAAAUCCUUGAUUACAAUGACACCAUUGAUGAGUACCCGGAGCUUUUCUAUUAUCUUAAGGGUUGCACUGAUGCUAAGAGAUGUCGGUUGGAUGCUAGGGGCUAUCAAGAUGAUGCUACCUAUCGUGAAGAACUAGAUCUGAGACUGCACAGACAUUUGGAUUAUGUACCAAUGUGUCAUGAGACAAGCAAGACACAGUUUUUCAUAAUGGACACCCAGGACCCACUAGACCCUUUACCUGGUGGUGUCAGCGUGAUCCGCAUGGUCUUGCAAGCAGAGAUAGGCAUAUUGGUGUAUUCUGAUGAUAAGAUGAAUGUUCUGGAUGAAGAUGGGCAAUGGAUAGACCGCUGGAAAACUUGUGAACAUAUCCACCUUGCGCGUGCUUUUGGUGUUUCUAAGCUAGUGGUUGCAGUGAACUACAUGACUCAUCCACGAUUGGGUUGGAAUCAAGAGAGGUAUGAUGCAGUCGUGGCGCAACUGGGUAUCAUUUGUGUCAAUGCAGGCUACGAGGUGGAAGAUGUUACAUUCAUCCCAGUGUGCGGCUUAUAUGAUAUGAAUGUGCACACGAAAGUUGAUAGAAGAGUGUCCAAGUGGUGGGAUGGCCCGACGCUUCUUGAUGCAGUUGAUGCUUUCGAGAUUGAACAGCACCAACCCAGUGAUCCAUUGAGGAUAAUUGUAACGGGCCAAAUCAUUAUCGAGGAAAAGGAGUUUUUAAUUGCAAAAGUAGAAUCUGGCAGUGUACACAUUGGCAAUAUGCUUCUGUUGAUGCCAGAUGAGGUUCAGGUGGAGGUUUCUUCUUUACUUUCUGAUAAGAAUAAGAUCCUUGACAGUGCGGGCCCCGGUGAGUGUGUACUUGUCCACCUUCUUGGAUUUGCAGUAGGAAACCAAAGGAAGGGUCUGGUACUUUCAAGUAUUGAAAAACCGAUACAAAAAGGUACCGAAUUCAUCGCUCGGUUGCUCACCAUCAAAAGCCCGCGAAAUGCUGGUGUUUUCUCAGUCGGCUUCUGUAGCAUACUGUUAUUACACACGGCUGUUGAGGACUGCGAGGUAAUGGAGUUGAUCGAUCGUAUUAAUCCUAGAACCGGGAAACCCUAUCCACGGAAGCCAUCGUUUGUCAACUUCGAACAGGGCAAUGUUGUUGUAUGCCGCCUUCGGGUUCAUAGGACCAUAUGUGCUGAGAAUUACUCUGAUUUUAAAAAGCUUGGAGGGUUUGCACUCAGCAGCAAAGAGAAGAUUGUCGCCACUGGAAAAGUAGUGCGGUUUCCUGCAUGACAAACGUACUGUUCCUGUUCAGUGUCACAUUUGUACACAACAUUCAAACAUUUAAAUACCUUCAUUUUGGCAACACAAACACAAACCACAGCAUCAACAUUUAAUGGAAUUUACCAAAAUCAUGUUUUACAACUGUCUUUUUUUCAUGCAACAAUCCUGCCUCUCUCACCAAAGAUUUAUGUUGAAAACUCCUUGCAAAUUUCACUUCAAAGAAUUACCAACGACUU